GCCUGUCUCUGACGUCAGCGUCCACUGCUGGUACAAAAGCAGGAAGUGAUCGAUGUUUGUGUGUCGGGAGGAAGCUGAUGUGUUUUUAUGUUGAAGGAUCGAUCAGGAAUAUAAUCGGGAAUAUAAUCAGGAAUAUAAUCGGGAAUAUAAUCGGGAAUAUAAUCACACCGACUGUGUCACGGUCCACCGGAAGCACCGCGGUUGCUGUCGGAGCGCAGCGGGAUGAGCGGGGCUGCUCUGGGUAUCGAGAUCGUGGUGGUGUUCUUCCUGGCGCUGUUCCUGCUGCACCAGUAUGGAGACUUCAGGAAGCAGCAGCGCAUGGUGCUUUUUGGCACGCUGCUGGCCUGGUACCUGUGCUUCCUCAUCGUCUUCAUUUUACCUCUGGACGUCAGCACGACCAUCUACAAGCAGUGUAAGAUAGACCACGAGCACACCUCCGCUCCUACCGCCAGCCCCUCGUCCAAUCACACGGCUGCAAACUCAUCUGUCACUCCCACUAAAAGCAGUGUACCAACGCCAUGCUACAAGCCAUGGAGCUACAUCCCCGAUGGCAUCAUGCCCGUGUUCUGGAGGGUGGUGUACUGGACGUCCCAGUGUCUCACUUGGUUGCUGCUGCCCUUCAUGCAGUCGUACGCUCGCUCCGGAGGCUUCUCCAUCACUGGGAAGAUUAAAACGGCGCUGAUAGAGAACGCCAUUUAUUACGGGACCUACCUGCUCAUCUUCGGCUCUCUGCUCAUAUACGUGGCCGUUCAUCCAGAGUGGCACCUCUCCUGGUACGAGCUCCAGACCAUCGGGAUCACAGCAGCUAACACCUGGGGCCUGUUCCUGCUGGUGCUGCUGCUCGGUUACGGUCUGGUGGAAAUCCCCCGCUCCUACUGGAACGCUUCUCGACACGGGCACUUACUCAUCAAGACGUAUUUCAAGGCGUCCAAGCUGAUGACGGAGAAGGCGGAUGCGGAGGAGAACCUGGAGGAUGUGAUGGAGGAGGUGAGAAAAGUCAGUGAAUCCAUCAAGUAUAACCAUCCGCUGAGGAAGUACAUCGAUACAAUUCUGAGAAAGUGCCCGGUGGACUACCAGGAGAAGAUGGGCAGGAACAUGGACGACUAUGAGGACUUUGAUGACAAACAGAACACUUAUCCCAGUGAGAAGAGCCUGGUGAAGCUUCAUAAACAGGUGAUCUACGCGGUUCAGAGACACAACAGGACUCGGGUCCAGUGGCAGAUCCUCCUGCAGCAGGCCAUCCACCUGGAGGACGUAGCCAAGAAUGAGACCAGUUCCACCCACCAGUUUGUCCACAGCUUCCCGUCCUCUGAGCCCGCCGGCUGGUUCAGCAGAUACAUAUACACGCCGACUGUAGAGUGGUACUGGGAGUGUUUCCUGAAGCGCUGGUUUUACCGGCUGCUGUCUGUGGUUCUGACUCUGUUCAGCGUGGCCGUCGUCUGGUCUGAGUGCACCUUCUUCAGCACCCGGCCCGUCCUAUCGCUGUUCGCCGUGUUCAUCCAGCUGGCUGAGAGAGACUACAACUACCUGUACAUCGAGAUGGCGUGCUUCAUCACAAUCUUCUUCCUGUGUACCUGCGUUUACUCCACGGUGUUCCGCAUCCGGGUUUUCAACUACUACUACCUGGCCUCCCAUCACCAGACUGAUGCUUACAGCCUCCAGUUCAGCGGCAUGUUGUUCUGUCGUUUAACGCCUCCUCUGUGUCUGAACUUCCUGGGCUUGAUCCACAUGGACUCUGCCAUCUCCCACCAGCAGAAGGAACAGACCGCUUACACCUCGAUCAUGGGAUCGAUGCGUGUUCUCUCUUUCAUUGCUAAUGGCUUCUACAUCUACUACCCCAUACUGAUCGUGAUCCUCUGUAUCGCCACCUACUUCAGUCUGGGGACUCGCUGCCUGAACCUUCUGGGCUUCCAGCAGUUCGUGGGCGACAGUGAAAUGACCUCUGACCUGAUCGACGAGGGCAAGGAGCUGAUCCGACGGGAGAAAAGGAAGCGGCAGAGGAUCGAAGAUGGCGAGAACAGACGGAGAGAGUGGAAGGAGCGUUAUGGAAACCAGAGAGAAGACUACACGGCCAGGAACAGGAGCAGUCAUGAAAUGAAGGAGACCAGUUACUCAGACACUGUGCCCCCCAGCAACACCAGACAAGCUAAAUAUUCCCGCGCCGGGAGUCGGGCUGAGAGGGACUGCAUCGAGCUGCUGCAGGACGCCGAACCUUUAGACUUCAAUGCCGAUUCCCUGACAGACGACCCUCUGGACGCAGAGUCUGGCAGACACGCAGGAGGACGCUAUCUGUCCAUGUCGUCAUCUCGGAGCCGAAUAUUUGACGACGUCUGAGGAGGAGAGAACGUCAGCUGAACGUCACAGUCUACAGGAAGUAAAUGUACCACAUGACCUCCUCCACCUCACAGCUCACAGGCUGUCCCCCCCUCCCCCAUGAUGCAUGGUCAUUAAAUAACAACCCGGUCAGUGACGUCCUGUUACCUGGAAUAUCUUCAGGAACACUUUGCAUCAGGUCUCGUGUCCGGCUGCGAAUGGAGGCUCUUUAGAAGGAAUCUGUAUUAAAGUUCUAUAAACUGUCGGUGUGAAUGCAGACUGACAGAUAUUGAUCCAGACCCCCCCCCCGUCUGCCUGAGCUGCAUGUGCAGGGGUGUGAGCAUGCUCAUGAAUGUGAGUCUGCAGCUGCAUGUCAACACGCCGCGUCAGUGAACGGUUCAAUGAAGGUCCAUGACUUUAUUUAUAUUGUUUAUUCUAUGUUUAUCUGUUAUUUAUUUAUAUGUCGUCAUAGAAACAGACUGAUAAACAUCGUCAGCAGGGCUGCAACUAACCACUAUUCUCAUUAUCCAUUAUUCUCUCCAUCACUUCUCAUUUAAUCGAUUAGUUGUUUGGUCCAUAACAUGUCCUCAAAGGUACUCAGUGUACUGUCAUAGAGGAAUAAAGCAACCAGAAUCUUCACAUCUGAGGAGCUGAAAUCAAAAACAACAAAAAUGACUCAAAGCGAUUAAUCAAUCUUUAAAAUAGUUGGUGAUUAAUUUAAUAGUUGACAACUAAUCGAUUAAUUAACUAAUCGUUGCAGCUCUACUGAUGAGUUUGAUGUGCUGCUGGUUUAAUCCGUCACUUCAUCUGAAGGUCUAAUAAUAAUGAAUUGUAAUCAUGUAAGAAGGUGUGAAUGUAUGAAAGCAGCUCUCACAUGGAGGCAAAUAAAAGCUGAAAACCUUAAAAAUAUAAAAAAUCACUGAAUUCACAGCUGCAGUAACUUUUAUAACAAUAACCUGAUCUUGUCUGUCUCGUGCUGUCAGGACACAGUUUCACUUACCUUACCUUACACUUAGUUACCUACUGCAGCACUGAAGUAUUUUAUUUUGAAAACCAUCUGUCUGAAUUUUGGUUUGAACUUUUAACUUGACUUUACAGUCAAGUUGAACUUGUUCAUCUAAGUGCUACAAUUUCUAACAUUUUGUUAUUUCUGAGUUCACAAAUUCAAAAUGUAAAAAAGUUUUAUUUAUUUGACUGUUUUUAUUCUUUAAAGUUGCUGUUAGUGAUGUUUUUAACUUUUGUUAAAUAGCAUUCAGAUGUUCUGACAGUCGGCACUGAGUCGGCACUGUGGCUCUCUCAGUCCCUCCCCUCUGCACUAACCUGAGCAUACAUUUCACAUUCAUCCAAUCAGGAGAGAGAGCUCCACAGAGAGGCGGUCCUCAGGCAGCAGUCGGUUCACACUGUAGAGUUCAUGUACAGCACCUUUCAGUUACACACUGUUCUCACUCCCAGUACAACCAG